GCUACACUAGAAGAUCUUUUGACAACUAUCUAUCCAGACUUGCACUUGAUUUGUAUCGCGUUUGUUUUUUUACUCGCUGCCGCUUCUGCGCAAAUUUGUAUUCCACGCUAUUUGGGCCGUAUAUUGGAUGCCUUGGCUGCAGCUUUUCCAAACGCAGAUGACAAUGACUCGCGGCACGAAUCCAUGUGGGAAGUCCCGAAUUUUAUCAAGUACGUCAAACUGCUUGUGCUUGCGUCGGUUUUGGCAGGAGUGUUUUCUGGUCUACGGGGCUCUGUAUUUACUGUGGUAGGCGGACGAGUGAAUGUGAGACUGCGAAUCCAGUUGAUGGACUCGUUGCUUUCUCAAGAUAUAGGCUUUUUUGAUACUACCAAGACUGGUGACAUAACUAGCCGGUUGAGCAGUGACACAACUCUAGUUGGCGAUCAAGUGACUCUGAAUGUAAACGUAUUUUUGAGAUCGCUUGUUCAAGCUUUCGGGGUAUUGCUUUGCAUGUUUCUUAUUUCCUGGCAGCUGUCUAUACUUGCAUUUAUUUCGGUGCCGUUGAUUACUAUUCUUUCCAAAUGGUAUGGCAACUACGUUCGAUCAUUGACAAAGCUGAUGCAGAAGAAACUUGCGGACGGAAAUAGCGUCAGCGAGGCUGCCUUUGGAUCGAUGCCCACCGUACGGUCAUUCGAUGCUGCUGAAGCUGAACUAAAGGAAUUUGAGCAGCACAUGGGCAAGUAUCUUGCUUUGAACAAGCGAUCAGCAGUGGCUUACUGUGGGUAUGCGGCAUUUACUACGGCUGUCCCGCAGUUGGUAUUUGCGGUUGUUGUUUUUUAUGGAGGAAUGCUUGUACGAAAUAACGAUAUAUCGAUUGGUGAUCUUGUUAAGUUCUUGCUCUAUUUACAAGCUCUAUCGGAUGCUUUUUCAAGUAUCGGAUACAUUUUCAGUUCGCUUACCCAGGCAGUUGGUGCCGCCGAUAAAGUCUUCGAGCUUCUGCAUAGAACGCCCCGAUACCGCGAGUCCUCCGCACAACGCGAGGCUCCUCGUGGAGAAAUCCAGUUUGAAAAUGUGGACCUGUACUACCCAGCACGACCCCAGCGUCAAGUUCUGAAUAAGCUCUCGCUUAAAGUUGAGCCAGGUUCCAUUAUCGCGUUGGUUGGUCAGAGUGGUGGCGGUAAAAGCAGCGUCAUGUCACUGAUUCAACAUCUGUAUGAGCAAAGCGGAGGAAGAGUCCUUUUGGACGGUCAAGACGUUCACGAAAUAAGUCCGGAAUGCUUGAGUAGAACAAUUUCGAUUGUUUCUCAAGAACCUACUUUGUUUGCCCGAAGUAUUAAAAGAAAUAUCAUGUACGGCCUCGAAGGAACGGACAUGGAACCAACGCACGAAGAGAUCGUCGAAGCAGCGAGACUGGCCAAUGCAGAGUCUUUUAUUGAAACACUGCCCCAAAAGUACGACACGGAGGUCGGAGAACGUGGUGUGCAGUUGAGUGGGGGCCAACGUCAACGGCUUGCAAUCGCACGCGCCCUCGUAAGAAAACCAAAAGUGUUGCUAUUGGAUGAAGCAACCUCUGCCCUUGAUGCAGAAAGCGAACAUUUGGUACAGAGCGCAAUUGACGAUAUGCUCGCAAGAGGGAAAAACGAAAAGGGGGAGGGCGCAAUGACUGUCCUUAUUGUCGCUCACAGAUUAUCAACCGUACGAAAUGCGGAUACUAUUUUUGUUAUUCAGAACGGCCAGGUCGUGGAAGAAGGCAAUCAUGGUCAGCUUUUGGAAAACCCAACUGGUGCGUACAGCUCAUUGAUUCGGCGACAAAUGCAGGCACAGGAAAAGCUAGAUAUCGCAAAGACCCCGGCCGAUCCCAAUAACAAGAGUGCCUCGAGACCUGUCAACCCUUCCGUGAAACACUUGAACAGGAAGCUCGCUCCGAAGCAUGAUGGCGUAUCAAGCCAGCGAUUGCCGACUAGAUCUCCAACGGCGCUGAAGACAAAUUUGGUGACGGACGAAACUCUAAGUCGACAGCCUGCAAACACUCCAUCACGUAAGGGUUCGUCAGUCUCAUCGGCCAGAAUCACGCGUCCAAAAUCGAAAAAUCCAAAAGGUGCAAACACGGAAUCUUCACGGAAAAAUGUCAAUGGUUCUUCGUGAGAGGAGAGCAAGAGCUAAGCCCCAAGCAACAUGGUCGACUCUGUAGGCGAAUUGAGGCACUCUGGCUGGCAGUUUGGAGGUGGAAAGGUUGGGUCCAUUUUGUUUCCCCAAUCAUGAAAUACGUAGCUGUAUAUAAGAAAUACCUGCAUGAGCGUGUAGUACAAAGGGAGCAAUGUC